AUGACACUAUUGGACGCUAUUCGAAAUCUGGCUGUAAAGGACCCUCCAACAGCAGCAAAACGCAAACUAUACAAAACAAACAAGAUACUAGGCGAAGGAACAUUUGGUGUCGUCAAAGAAGCAACCUACCUCCCCACCGGCCGCAAUGUAGCCCUCAAGGGUAUCAAAAAACGCACCUCGCAUGAUUCACCUGAAGUAGUCGAAGCCGCCGUUAAGAGGGAGAUGGCCGUCUUGCAAACCGUACGGCAUCCACAUAUCAUUGCUCUUUUGGACUGGUUUGAGACAAAGGAUAAGCAUUACCUAGUCUUUGAACUGGCGACCGGAGGAGAAUUAUAUGAUCGCAUCGCCAAGAAAGGAAAAUUCACAGAACGGGAUGCAGCAAGGAUCAUAUUCACAAUUCUGGACGCUGUAGCGUUUCUACAUGAAAAGGAUAUUGUGCAUCGGGAUCUCAAACCAGAGAAUCUUCUCUACCGGGAUAGUACCGAUGAUGCCGAUCUGGUUAUUGCAGAUUUUGGAGUGUCCAAUUUCGUACAUGGAGAUGAAUUGCUCAGUACAUUGUGUGGCAGUCCCAUGUACGCUGCACCUGAAGUCAUUAAACGCUCCGGACACGGUAAACCCGCCGAUAUUUGGAGUGUGGGAAUCAUCACCUACUGCCUCUUGGUAGGGUAUCCUCCUUUCGACUUUGCUGAGGAUUUGAUGGACUUGAUGGAUGCCAUCACGUCAGCGAACUACAAAUUUGACAGUCCGUAUUGGGAUAACAUAUCUGAUUCUGCAAAAGAGUUUAUUCGAUCGCUUUUGAAAGUUAAACCCGCAGAACGACCAACGGCCCGCCAAGCAUCCAUUCAUCCUUGGUUGUGCAAGUACUCGUUUAGAGCCAGGGAGGCGGAGCGGUUGUUCCAUGCUCAGGAAACCCUUCCACCACAAACACCACCACGCCCGACAGAACAAAAAUCCACAACCGAACAAGAUGCCAUCCUGCAAACCCCCGCCGUCGUCCCGCGCCGCUCCAUUACACCUACAGAAGAUGAUGACCUGCCCAAUCUGGUUGAGCGAGUCUGGUCUGCUCAUUCAGAUAGUUUAUUCUCCCCUCGGGGGAAGCUGUUGAAGGCUUUCAGGACCUUGCAAGCUGUAGGGCGGAUGAGUAGCACGAAAAAGGGGAGUUCAAGUUCUAUGGAAGAUAGUCAAGAGGAGAUGGUGCAGAGUGGGACAAAGCAGGCAGAAACAGACGGGGAAGCUAAAGAGCAGAAAGUUGCAUAG